GAACUCCUGACUGCCGAUCCGGCCUACCACGAGAGCAUCUUUGAGGCGCGUCUGAAGCGCCAUGACCCAGCAGUGGCUCUCCUUCGACAGAAUCUCACUGCCCAGGAUAAUAUCACCAAGGCCCUCGUAGAACUGAAUGCCGGUGUUGCUGUUAAGAAACACGACUUGCUGGAGCAGCGUGAGCGGCGCACUGAAGAAGUGGAUAGCCUCAUUCGUUCUGGCGAGUCCUUUGGCGAAUUGCUGUUAAAGUGUGACGAGGGACAGGACUUCUACAAACAGAUGUCUGAGAGACUCCAGAAGAUUCGCUCAGAACUGACGGAACUUGCUGCUGACCUGGAACAACUGCAGCCGAAACCGAAACCUGUGGUUGCUCCCGUUGUCGCCGCCGCCGCAGUAGUAGCACCCGUAACCACUCCUGGUAAGUUCUUGUAG